AUGGUUCAAGGACAUCUUCAUGUAACAAUUGUUGAAGCAGCAAAACUUGCUGAUAAAGAUCAACACACAUUUAAUGAUUCAUAUGUUGAAGUAUAUUUAGCUGAAGAUGAUAAACAAAAAACAAAAACAAUUAAAAAUAAUGAAAGACCAGUAUGGGACGAAACAUUUGAUUUUGAAUUACCAUCAACACAUCAACAUAUUCAUAUAGAAGUUUAUGAUGAAGAUGAGGGUAAAAAAGGAAAGUCAAUUGGUUCAGCACAAAUUAGUCUUGAUAAAGUUAUUAAAACUGGACAUUAUGAUGAUUGGGUACAAUUAUCAACUCUGUUUGGUUUUAGUAGUCAAGGUGAUGUUCAUAUUCGUAUGACUUUCGAAAAAGUAUCAGAUGACUAA